UUCUCUUCGGAGGCCGUCGCAACGCGGAGGACAGGAGCGUUUUGAGAGCGCAACCACCGCCACCAUGAGCCUUCUCAACAAGCCCAAGAGUGCGAUGACACCGGAGGAGCUGCAGAAGCAGGAGGAGGAAGAGUUUAACACGGGCCCACUCUCGGUGCUCACGCAGUCAGUCAAGAACAACACGCAGGUGCUCAUCAACUGUCGCAACAACAAGAAGCUCCUGGGCCGGGUGAAGGCUUUUGACAGGCACUGCAACAUGGUGCUGGAGAAUGUGAAGGAGAUGUGGACCGAGGUCCCCAAGAGUGGCAAGGGCAAGAAGAAGUCCAAGCCAGUCAACAAGGACCGCUACAUCUCCAAGAUGUUCCUGCACGGGGAUUCUGUCAUCGUGGUCCUGAGGAACCCACUCAUCGCUGGCAAGUAG